AUGAGGCUGUGUAACCGGGGUGUGAUGAUGCUGCUGACCACGGCGGGGGCUUUCUGCGCCUUCAGCCUCAUGACCAUCGCCGUGGGUACGGACUACUGGCUGUACUCCCGAGGGAUGUGCCGCUCCAAGAGCCAGAACGACAACGAGACCGUCCGCAAGAACGAGGAGGUCCUGACCCACUCCGGUCUGUGGAGGACCUGCUGCACCGAGGGGACAUUUCGAGGCGUCUGCAAGGACAUUGAUCACUUUGCUGAAGAUGGCGACUAUGAGCAGGAUGCUGCAGAGUAUUUACUACGAGCGGUACGAGCCUCCAGCCUCUUCCCCAUCCUCAGUGUGGGAUUGUUAUUUCUCGGAGGUGUGUGUGUAGCUGCCAGCGAGUUCUACAAGUCACGCUACAAUGUAAUCCUCAGUGCGGGUAUACUCUUUGUCUCUGCAGGUCUCAGUAACAUAAUUGGCAUCAUUGUGUACAUAUCAGCCAAUUCAGGUGACCCCAGCCAGAGCGACAACAAGAAGAGCUACUCCUACGGCUGGUCUUUUUACUUUGGAGCUCUGUCCUUUGUGCUGGCUGAGAUGGUGGGCGUCCUGGCAGUGCAUGUGUUCAUUGAAAAACACAGACAGCUGCGCACCAAAGGCCGGCCUUCUCUCAUAAAGCCGCCCAUCUCCCGCAGCUCAUCUUACUACCGCAAACGCUACUACCAGAACCGCUCCCGCCGAUACAGUUACAGGAGCAACCACAGUGCAGGGGACUCCUUUCGAGCAUCCAUGGUGCGAGACCGAGAGCCAUCCAUCUCCACUGAAUCCAAAGUCAUGGCAGGUUUGCCAACAUCAGUGACAGUGGGGUCAGAGUUCAUGCUCUACACCUUAGCCUCGCCUCUCAAAGACGGUAAGAUUGACAUGGCUGUGGAUGAUUUAACUACUGCAGCUGCUCACAACAACACAGACAUGCUGCCUGGAAACUGUGCUGCCAACAGAAGGACCACGCCUGUCUGA